AUGUCAGAGACAUCGGUUCCUGCGCCGCCCAGCACGGUCUCCCGACCUGUGAGCGAGGCACUUUUGAACGAGAAGUGGGAUCGCUGCAUCUCCAACAUGCUCAUUAAGUCCACCUUAGGCCUCGGAUUUGGUGUUGUCUUCUCAGUCCUCCUAUUCCGACGAAGAGCAUGGCCAGCAUUUGUGGGAGUCGGAUUUGGUGCCGGCAGAGCUUACGAGGAGUGCAAUUGGACUUUAAAGCAAGCAUCCCAGGAAUUGAAAAGGAAGGCAUGA